ACGAGGAGGCGGACUUGCAAGCAACGCGUCUGGAAAAUCCGUCGCACAAUUUAAUCGCGCGACUUGGAGACCAACACCGACCAUCUCCCGUUCAACCGCGAUGUCGUCGGCACGGGACAGAGAGAGCGCAGCGCGAUCGUUCACGAAUCCAUACACGGGGCAUAGGCUCCUUAAUUCGACGGAGCAAGAGGUGCUGGGCGAAUAUGCGAGAUUGGCUGGCACUAUCAAGAGGAUAAGCGCCUUGUCCGCUCCUCUGUCAUCCUCUCAAAUGCAUCAGCAGCUUCUGACGGAUCUCCGUGUCCUCGAGCGAAAGAUGGGCCUUGUCUUAACGCUCUUCAAGGCCAGCGUCUGGGCGCUUAUUCAGAGCCAACAGGACGAGAUGGAGGCACAACAGGCACGCGAAGAAGAGGAAGGACAACAACAGCAGCAGCAGCAAUAUGGCUACGUGUCCGGGAAUGAUUACGAUGACGAAGACACAACCAUGACAGGCAUGGGCGGAGGCCAACAGCAAGACUCGUCGCGAUACACGAGGAACAGCAUGGCAGACCAGAGCCAGUAUCAUUAGCACAGUGCUCAGUCCGCAUGCCCGCUUCGAUCAUGACCGAGACCUUAUUGUACAGUAUGACUAUCUGCCUUGUUUCCAAGAGCAUGUAUUAUGUGAUUCUGGAGCGGACCAGGUGCGGCGACUGAGCGCGAGCGCCUUGACAAUUAUUACCGGCACGACACUCUCUCUCACGUGGUAAGCUCCAGUGACCAUACAUCUGCAUCCGGUAGAUCUGCAUCGACUCCUUGAGUUACGCUUCCC